AAAAGGGUCUUAAUCCUAGCGAGCUGGGGAGAGACGAGAGAGUGAAAAUCCCCUACCCACUCCCCUUCCCCUCUUUAUUUUCUCAUUCCUCCCUUUAUUACACAGAAAUCCACACCAACACGACUGUGGCCUUUCCACAACUAGGUAAUUAUCACAUGGGUAAAAUCGUAUUUUUCUUUUUCACCUCUUCUCCAGCCGCCUCAUAACUCUGCUCCCAGUCUCAGACUCGCUAGAGAGAGACACAGAGCUGAGCUGGGAAAGGCUGGGCUUUUGAGAGAAAGUGGAGGGGGUGAAGCUUAGCUGAAAUAUACAGAGUAGUGGGUAGGCAGCUAAAUAAAGAAAGAGAGAGCUUAUAGAUGGAGAGAAGAACUUAAUGUGCACGCCAAUAAAGAGGAGAAAGCAACAGUCAGUCCAACUCCGCAAAAUGGCAAAUUUAGGGUUUUUGAAAUUCGCAUCCUUUCCAUUGCUUCACUGAGUUCCAUACUGCCAUAGAUUGAAGUGCUUCCUUCCACCAUCACCGGAAAAUAACCUUUGUGAUUCGCUGCAAAAAUGCUGGAAUACGAAUGGGGAAGCCCAUCAACGAUGAUGCUGCUCUCUGGAGACGAACCUACAGAAGGACCAGCCCAAAACCGCCAGAUUUUCGAUCAUUACGCUGCUCAGUCAUUCAACGAUAACCUUGUUCCCCAACCAACUACAAACUUAUUCCACCACCCACCAAUACAUCAAGUCAACUCCCUUUAUGACCCACGCGCCUACGCCAUUGCCUCCUCCUACACGCCUCCCCAUCCUUCCCUCCUCUCCCUAGACCCCAUUACCAACCCUGCCGGAGCCGCUCCCUCAUAUUUCCUCGUCCCAAAGUCUGAGGAGGUCUCUAGACCCUCUGAUUAUACGGCGAGGAUAGGUCUGAAUUUGGGCGGUCGGACCUACUUCUCUUCAGCAGAGGAUGAUUUCGUGAACCGCCUUUAUCGGCGCUGUAGACAGGUAGAGGCCGGUUCGUCAAAUGCUCCCAGGUGCCAAGCUGAGGGGUGCAAUGCCGAUCUUUCCCACGCCAAGCACUAUCAUCGGCGUCACAAGGUCUGUGAAUUUCACUCAAAAGCGUCAACGGUCAUAGCGGCCGGGUUGGCACAGCGAUUCUGCCAGCAGUGCAGCAGCCUUCGACAAGAAGAUGGUAGACAAGUGUUUGAAUUGGCACAAAUGCCCCUGUUCUUUCAAUCAUUGGUUUUAGCGGAUGUUGUUAAUCCCGAGGGCAUUUGUGUCCGUAAACUUCUCCUCGGGUUUCCGUUUACGUACCUGGUUUUUUGUUUGGUUAAUCACCUCUGCUUAAUGCUUCCGAUUACCGUGGCAGUAUUUGGAGGAGUGGUUAUUAUUAUGAUAAUUAUCCUACUUUACGUUAGCUUUGUGAAUUGACCAAAACGCCCACCACAUUCAUUCAUAUUUUCACGCUGCUGCAUGAUCAUCCCUGGCGACUGGCAAUAAACAAAACAAGAUUAAAGCCCGAACUUGGUCGGAUACUCCACACAAGACGAUAAUGCCCCUGGAAUUGUGCUUUUGUAUCCAAUGAUUGGGUAUGCCGUACAUGUGGAAAUCCCGAGGGCAUUUGUGUCCGUUUUGCCAUGAUAAUACCAUAGCAGUAUUGUGCAGUUUUUUUUUUUUUUUUUAGAAUCGCCAUUAUGUGGU